AUGGCAGCUGCCAGUGUGAUCAGACCUGGUGUCCACUCACCUGAAAAGUCUCAAUUGAUUUUAAAAGUGGUCUCUGCCAAGCCUCAGUCUCCCAAGCUGCCACCACGUCAUUCUCGACUCAGCUCCUUUGUUGAGGUGACUGCAGACGGCCUAUCAAGUGAAACAAAAAAGACAGCCAAACGCAGUGGGCACCUUGAGCUGCAGUGGAAUGAAGACCUCACCCUAAAUGUGACACCUCAGAGUCGUUUGGAUCUGAAGCUGUGGAGUUGCCACACGUUGAGGAAAGAGUUACUGGGCAGUGCUUCAAUAGAUUUGCUGGACACAUUGCGCAUGCACAAUGGCAAGAUGGAGAACGUCCAACUAAGUCUGGUGCUUCAGACUGAGAACAAAGGCUCAGUUGUUGUGGGUGGGGAGCUUAACGUCUGUCUGGACGGCAUGGAUGUUGAUCUGGGCUCUCUGCCCAAUGGUAGCACAGCGGCAGACAAAAUAUUUAAAUCUGAUAGACCCACCUUGAGGAGGACACAAAGUGAAGAGACUUCCAGUGCUGCUGGAUCUCAAACAAGGAGCAACCAUUAUUCAGCGGGUGGUUCACACGGGAGCUCCCCAGGAUCCUCCAGAGGAGUUUCUAUAACAAAUGGUGAAGCGAACAUAGAACAGGUUCUUGACCCAGGUUCUGCUGAUGGUCAUCCUUCCUCCAAAAGUCACUGCAGCCCUGGAAACAGUGCAGAUAAAGUAGAGCCGGCAUCCAAUAGGCUGGAAGACAGCCUGAUGCAUCACACGUGUCCUCAUUUGAGUCAGCCCAAAGCAACCUGUAGCAUUACACUGUGUCCAGAUCACCAGGAUGGCCAGGACUCGGUACCACCAUCAGAGCUUGGCCCGCGUCCCACUCCCAGUGCAGAGCAGGCGAGCAAUACCGCCUCAGAACAUCAUUCAGACUCUCUCCCAACUGGCUGGGAGCAAAGAGUGUUGCCUCAUGGUAGAGUUUACUACGUAGACCACAACACCAAAACCACGACAUGGGAGAGGCCACUGCCACCAGGCUGGGAAAAGCGUGUGGAUCAACGAGGGAGGUUCUACUACGUGGAUCACAACACAAGAACUACCACAUGGCAGAGGCCUACAGCAGAGUCUGUGCGCAACUAUCAGCAAUGGCAGAGCCAACGCAACCAGCUGCAGGGCGCCAUGCAUCAGUUCAGCCAGCGCUUCCUCUACCAGCGUGUAGAUGGACUGCAGAUUCAGCUGCUUUCCAGUGCUCCUGUCGAAAAUGACCCUCUGGGCCCAUUGCCGCCAGGAUGGGAAAAGCGCCAGGACAAUGGCAGAAUGUACUUUGUCAAUCACAACACACGGACGACUCAGUGGGAUGACCCACGAACCCAAGGGAUGAUCAAGGAGCACCCUUUGCCUCCGGGCUGGGAGAUGAAGUACACCGCAGAGGGAGUUCGAUAUUUUGUGGACCACAAUUCACGCACUACCACCUUUAAAGACCCCCGACCUGGGUUUGAGUCAGGGUCACGGCAAGGCGGUUCACCUGGGGCCUAUGAUCGCAGCUUCAGGUGGAAAUACCACCAGUUUCGCUUCCUAUGCCAUUCCAAUGCCUUGCCGAGCCAUGUUAAGAUCUCAGUGUCCAGACAGACGUUGUUUGAGGACUCAUUUCAACAGAUCAUGAAUGUGAAGCCAUAUGACCUUCGCCGGAGACUUUACAUCAUCAUGAGGGGAGAGGAGGGCCUUGACUAUGGUGGCAUUGCCAGGGAAUGGUUCUUCCUGCUGUCUCAUGAGGUUUUGAACCCUAUGUACUGUCUGUUUGAGUAUGCUGGCAAGAACAACUACUGCCUGCAGAUCAACCCAGCCUCAUCCAUCAAUCCAGAUCACCUCAUGUACUUCCGCUUCAUCGGACGGUUCAUCGCUAUGGCUCUCUACCAUGGGAAGUUCAUUGACACUGGCUUUACACUUCCGUUCUACAAGCGAAUGCUGGACAAAAAAAACACACUCAAAGACUUGGAGUCCAUUGACCCAGAGUUUUAUAACUCCAUCAUGUGGGUUAAAGAAAACAACUUGGAGGAAUGUGGUUUGGAGUUGUAUUUUGCGCAGGACAUGGAGAUUCUUGGGAAAGUUUCUACCCACCAGCUUAAGGAUGACGGAGAAAACAUAAUGGUCAAUGAAGAGAAUAAGGAGGAGUACAUCAGCUUGCUGACAGACUGGAGGUUCACACGGGGAGUGAAGGAACAAACUAAAGCCUUCUUGGACGGCUUCAACGAGGUUGUUCCUCUGGAAUGGCUUCGCUACUUUGACGAGAAGGAGCUGGAGCUGAUGCUCUGUGGGAUGCAGGAAAUUGACUUGGUGGACUGGCAGAAGAACACCAUCUACCGACAUUAUACAAAGAACACCAAACAGAUCCACUGGUUCUGGCAGGUGGUGAAGGAGAUGGACAAUGAGAAAAGAAUUCGUCUUCUUCAGUUUGUUACCGGAACAUGUCGACUGCCUGUUGGAGGCUUCUCUGAGCUUAUCGGAAGUAAUGGGCCUCAGAAAUUCUGCAUAGACAAAGUGGGAAAGGAGACUUGGCUUCCAAGAAGCCACACAUGUUUUAAUCGCUUGGAUCUACCGCCUUACCGAAGCCUGGAGCAGUUGCGAGAGAAACUAAUGUUUGCUAUUGAGGAGACAGAGGGAUUUGGACAGGAGUGA